CAAAGCUUCUCAAAUACCGCGAUAUUUUAGGCUGUCUAGAACAUUCACGCGAGAAUGAGUGGGAUUUUGUCAAAUUACAGAAGACAUGGCGGACAGGCUAACACAGCUUCAAGACGCUGUCAAUUCGCUUGCAGAUCAGUUUUGUAACGCCAUCGGGGUCCUGCAGCAGUGUGCUCCUCCUGCCUCCUUCAGUAACAUCCAGACGGCUAUCAACAAAGAUCAGCCCGCAAACCCAACCGAAGAAUAUGCUCAGCUAUUUGCAGCCCUCAUUGCCAGAACAGCCAAAGAUGUGGACGUACUAAUCGAUUCUUUGCCGAGUGAGGAGUCUACAGCAGCUCUGCAGGCGGCCAGUCUACGGCAGCUGGAAGAGGAGAACCAUGACGCUGCAGGGCGCCUGGAGGAGGUGGUUUACCGCGGGGAUAUGCUGCUGGAGAAGAUCCAGAGCGCCCUGGCUGACAUAGCCCAGUCUCAGCUCCGCACCCGCAACGGAGCACCAAGCCAGCCUUCACCAGCCGAAUCCUGACCUGCAACAACACAGUACAUAAUGCAAUUUUUGGACAAUUUUUCAUUAAUUUCAUUUUUUUUUUUUUGACCCUUGAUUUCUACUCUCAGACACCAGCUGCGAGCCUCACAACACAUGCUGAAUGUGUCUGUGUCAAACAAGCUGUAAGACAUCAUUUGGUUGCUUAUUUACUGUUUUAUCUUCACACACCAGCCAGUGGUCUCAAGGCAAAACACACACAUCUACACUCAGAAAAAAUGUCCAAGUGGAAAAGACUAGAUGUUGAUCAGAUUCAUGUGGAUGAGACUAGCAGGAUUCCCUCACAGGUAUGGAUAUGUACAGAAAAACAAUGAAGGUGAUAUGUUGUUGUGCUCUUUGUACUCAGUUACAGAGACACAGACGUCUUAGCCUAAAAAGAUUGUUGGAGAAGAGUAGAAGAAGAUGUCUUAACAUACACCCUGUUUUGUUUAUGGACAUUUCUCUCAAUACAAAGAGUUAAGAAAAAUAUGUCUUAACUGGCAUAAGGACUGGUCUGAAUGUGUGAACAGUCACCCUUGUCAGGUUUUGUAUGUUUUAUGUAUAUGUUGUAUAUUAAGUCAUUGUAACUCGGUCUGCUUUUGUAAAUAUUUAUGACUGAAAUGAUUCAAAUACUCGUUUUGGUGAAUCUUCACUCCCAAACCUCACAACACUCUGGAGACUGCUUUAAAAAGUUCAAUCGCUGGGCUCAGUGUAACUCCAUGUCUGAUGAUUCUUUUUCUGUUUUUUUUUUUUUUAAAUAAAGUUUGAAUAAACACUGAA